AGAAGCCCGGGGAGCCGGUGACCUUGCGGACGGGGGGCGGGGGCUGGCUGGCUCCUGAAGGGAGACCGGAGCAAUGGGCAACGUCCCGACGGCGCUGAAGCACUGCCUCAGCUACCACCACCUCCUCAAGGAGCAGCUGUGGAUCGGCGAAGCUGCCCCGCAGCCUACUGCUUUGCAACAGCCUGGGCAGGAAUUGCUUACAAGUGGAUUUCCUGAGUUUGUUAAAAUAGUGGAAGUUGGUCCAAGAGAUGGAUUACAGAAUGAAAAGGCUAUACUUCCUACAGAUGUGAAAAUUGAGUUAAUUGACCAACUUUCCAAGACUGGCUUGUCUGUCAUAGAAGUGACAAGUUUCGUUUCUUCAAAAUGGGUACCUCAGAUGGCAGAUCAUACAGAAGUAAUGAAAGGAAUAAAACAGUAUCCUGGAGUCCGUUAUCCAGUUCUUACUCCUAAUCUUCAAGGUUUCCAUUCUGCUAUAGCUGCUGGAGCAACUGAAGUGUCAGUGUUUGGUGCAGCAUCUGAGACUUUCAGUAAAAUAAAUAUCAACUGUACUAUAGAAGAAAGCCUGGAAAGAUUUGAGGCUAUAGUUAAAUCUGCAAGAAAUAUGGACAUUCCAGUGCGAGGGUAUGUAUCUUGUGCGUUGGGAUGCCCUUAUGAAGGAGCUAUUCCUCCAGCUAAAGUUGCUGAAGUCUCAAAAAGGCUAUACAGUAUGGGAUGCUAUGAGGUCUCUCUGGGAGAUACCAUUGGAGUGGGAACGCCAGGCUGUAUGAAGAGAAUGCUGGAAUCUGUUAUGAUGGAAGUUCCAUUGGCUGCUGUGGCAGUGCACUGCCACGACACCUAUGGCCAGGCCUUAGCCAAUAUUCUUACAGCUAUGCAGAUGGGAGUUCAUGUUGUGGAUUCCUCUGUUUCGGGCUUAGGAGGCUGUCCAUAUGCAAAAGGUGCCACUGGAAAUGUAGCCACAGAAGAUGUGAUAUACAUGCUUAAUGGCUUGGGGAUCAAUACA